AUCAACUCCUACGGGGACUUCAAUACUGUCAUCGGGGUCGCAUCCUACAUCGUGAUUUGAAACCACAAAAUCUGCUCAUCACGGACCGUGGCGAACUGAAAUUGGCCAAUUUUUGGCUGGCACGGGCGAAAUCGAUCCCAAUCAAGACGUACUCCAACGAAGUGCUGACGUUGCGGUACAGACCGCCCGACAUACUGCUUGGUUCUACUGAAUACUCCACGCACAUCGAUAUGUGGGGUGUCGGUUGUAUUUUCAAUGAAAUGGCCACCGGAUGGCCCCUGUUUCCUGGUUCCAAGGUCGAGGAAGAGUUGACGUUGAUCUUCAUGCGGCUAGGGACACCUACGGAAGAGACCUGGCCCGGGAUACCAGAUCACCCCGAUUAUAGCAAGGCUCUAAAAUACGGUCCUUAUCCUGGGGAACUAAACAGAUUGCUCCAUCCGGCACCCUGCCUUUCGCGCCGAGCGCAUACUCUUUUGUCCAGUCUACUGGUGUUUCAAGGAUCCCGACGCAUUUCCGCCGCGGACGCUCUGAAGCACAGGUAUUUUAGCAAUUCCAUGCGCUUACCCGUGCAAGCGCUUUCCGAAUUACCUCCUGCAGCUAGCGUAUUUGAAAUUCCUUCAGUUCGACUUGUCCCCGAUCCCGGAGGAAGUGCAGGGUCUUCAAUCUCCGGCCGACUGGGCGGAAGAAACUGCACGCAAAUAAUGGGUUCAACGGUGACUCAAAGCUAA